AUGAACCCAGCACAAGGACAAGCUCAACAGCUGCCGUCACAAGGGCAGGCUGGAUCUGCCGGCCAGCAGCAGCCACGUCCGCCUCCUAUGUACAUGCCAAACCAGAUCAGAAGUCUUCCACUGCUUACCGAAGAAGAAAAGAACAAAUACGAGCAGGGUCUUCAGGGCUUGUGGAAAAAGGCAAACAACCCCCAAGCAACCAGCGCAGAUCAACUCGCGGCGCGGCAAAAGAUUAUCGAGUUCUCGAAGAUGCUGAUAGGAAAGAUUCAGGCGCGACGACAACAUGCGCAGCAGCAGACUCAACAGGGACAGCCUCCGCGGCCGCCAUCUGCCCAGCAAAACCCGUCACAGUCCUUGGGAGCACCUGCUACGCAAACACAACCGCAAAAGGCCCAGCAAUCACAGCCGACGAAUACUCCUCUUCAGGGGCAAGCACCACCACCACCUCCUCCAAGCGGUGCACCUCAUAGUCAGAACCCUCAGGCUACCACGGCUGCGGCUUUGGCUGCGGCUUCGGCUGCCACUGCGACUGCCACGACGGCAGCCCAGCGCAAAAUCUCCAUUUCCGAGAGCAUUAUGCAGCACGUGAAUAAAAUGGUUUUCCGCGCCCCGGCUCAUUUGACGAAUAAAUCCGCUGCUGAUAUCAGCAAUUGGGCCGAGGAGAUGAAGGAGAAAUACGCACGCGCGCUUGCAACAAUGGAAAGUACCAAGAGCAAGGUUGCGGCUAUGGAGAAGAUGGUCAAGGACCGUGCCGCCGCAGGGAAACCGCUUCAGGAUGAAGAGCAUCGGCAAUAUACGCUGCGAAGGGAUCAACAGCUCAAAUUCUACAACGAAGCUCACAAGUGGGUUGAAAGCGUAAGGAAACAGCAGGAAGGCAUCCAAGCUGGAGCGGGAACGGGUCAAAACGGUGCUUCGGGAACAGCAGCAGCAACCCAACAGCCUAACAGUGCACCAGUUGUCGCAAAUCCUGCACAGAGCACGGCUCAAGCUGCUUCGCAAAACGUCACGGCGUCUGUCAACGCAGCUGUGGAGGCUGCCAGGAAUCAGCAACAGCUGGCAGCUGCGAAUCGCCAGGCCCCAGCAAACGGAACGUCAACUCAAACACCUCAUCAAACUCAGCCAAGGCCUGUGCCGCAGUCUCUUCAACAAACGCAGGUCCAAUCUCAAGUGAAAACCGAACAACCACACCCUCCACCCGUCAACACAGCUCAAGUACAUGCUGUUGCCCAAGCUGCGAGGAUCCAGACUUCUCAAUCAGGGACCCCUGUUACCGCGGGAGGUCCUACCCGUGCUCUUAGCCACUCGGCAGCCAUGACUCUUGCUAAUCAGAGAGCGUCGAGUACCCCGGGAAGUGUUCCAAUUCAAGAGAAAGCAACAGCAGUUCCGCAGGGCGUUACUCUCGGCGGAGGCAUUAGCGCUGGACGACCGACAAUGUCCCAAGGCACCGGCACGCUAGGUGGUGUAAUGAACCAACCCCCCAUUGCCAGAAUUCCCGCUUACAGUCACGACGCCGAGGGCGAUCAUGUGCUGAACAAGAAGAAGCUAGAUGAACUGGUCCGGCAGGUUUGUGGAGGAAGUGGAGAUUCACAAGAUGGGCACCUCCUGACACCAGAAGUUGAAGAGAGUGUGUUGAACAUGGCGGAUUCGUUUGUGGACAAUGUGUUGCAUGCUGCUUGCCGCAAUGCCAAGGAACGAGGCUCUAAAGUCCUGGAAAUUCGCGAUAUUCAGCUCGUACUUGAGAGAACUUACAAUAUCCGGGUUCCUGGUUAUUCAUCGGAUGAGCUGCGAACUGUUCGUAAGGUCCAGCCCUCACCGGGUUGGAUAGCAAAGAUGAGUGCCGUACAGGCCGCCAAGGUAAUGCCCGGGAAGGGUGACCCUUGA